UUUCAGACAUGGCGGAAGGAGUGCGAAUUCUCCAUUUUAAAAGGCUUUUACUGCUGAAUAUUUUACCAAGAAGAUACUUGUUUGGUUGAAGGUGAAUGCGUUGCGUUUGUCUACGAUUUAGAAAUUGAUUACUGUAUUCAUAUUUUGCAGCAGUUUAUUCUUCGAAUGCGUGCAUGUAGGCUAAAUGCUGUUGAAGCCAACAUUUUUUUUUUUGCACUAGUUUUAAGUAAUUUCCAUUGCUUAGGCUACUUGUUAGUUCAAUAGUAUAUAAGAGACCAUGAAUACUAAAGAGAUAAUUCAUUAUGCUAUACAAAUAGAAAAGUUGCACAAUGAUGGCAGCUAUGAAGAUAUUGUAUCAUUACUGACAGAUCUGAAUAACAUUCCUGUCACUUUAGAGCAGAUUCAGACUACAGAAAUUGUGAAGGUUCUUUAUAAGCUACUUAAUUUCUGUCCAACUGUGAGUGCUAAAACAAUAGCAAAGAGCUUGCUCUCAAAAUGGAAGAAGUUGUACAAGCUGUCACCUAUGCUGAAAAAUAAUAACAAAGACCCACAGGAGAACAAGGAACUAGAGACACAUAACCUGCCUAAUGUUGAGGAGUGUUUGGAAAUUCCCUCUGUUACCAGUGGAUCUGAGCACUUAAAUGAAAGGGGGAAUGAGAAUCAAGCAUGUACAUGCAACACAGAGCAACAUGACAUAACAAAGGAUGUAAAACAAGACAAAUGUGAAGACAGUAGUGUGUGCUCAGAUAAGUUGUCUUCAGAAAAGCCUUGUCCAGCAAAUGACACUGCAGAAUAUGUUCAGUUACAACAUGAGGAAGAAAGAUCUGUCCGAGAGGAAGAUUUUAGAACCUCAGUUCCUCAAAACACAAAUCAGCCCAGCACUUCCUCUGAGUCCACGGCAUUGAGAUGCAAAUGUAUCUUGCUGAUUCUCCAGGCUCUUACCCCAAAUCAGCAAAAAGACUCAGAUCAUAUGGACAAACACAAAGCCCUUGCUCAAGACAUUGAAGCACAUGUUCAUGCUCUUUAUGGAAGAACCCAGCUUAAGUACAAGUCCUGCAUCAGGAGCAAGGUGGCCAACCUAAAGAACCCAAAGAACUCUCAUCUACGCCAAGGUCUUAUGUCAGGACACCUGACUCCAGAGGCAUUUGCCCAGAUGUCUGCAGAGGAAAUGGCAGGGGCAGAACUUCGACAGCUCAGGGAAGGUUACACCACUUUGGGCAUCAGUGAGCAUCAGUUACCAGAGGUGGUGGAAGGGACACCCACCAGUAAAGUUCGCUGCAGGCGCUGUGGCAGUUUGGACUGCAGGGUAACACAGAUCUCACGAGGGAUGCUGUUCUUGCCCUCGUGGGUACGGAGUGGCAGUGCAGAUAAUGAUUCAAUGACUUUUAUGACCUGUGCUAAUUGUGGAGAGCAGUGGUACCACAGCAACUGGGUUUGCCUUUGAGCAAGUGUAUAUGUAUUGAUAACUGCAAUAAUGAUGAAUAGCAGUAUUGUUCUGCACUAUUUGAGCUUUCAGUGGACAGUUAAAUCAAGUAAAGAUUUUUCAGUCAGA